GAGUUCCGCGAGUUCCGAUUCUGACUAUUCUGACAGCUAAAUAAAUAAUAAUAAUUGGAUCAUUGGAGGAGGCAGAGGCACGAUUGCGAGUGAGCAACAACGGAACUGAUUGUGAACUGGGAGAAUACUCGCUGAUCACUGACUGAAGGAGAAAAUUAAACUCUGGACACUCUAAUCUUGGAAUAGUUGGAAUUCUAGGUCUUCCUUUUUACAUUAAAUUAUUCAUGCAUCCGCGGCGGACUUCUCUAAAAUGAACGGGGGAAGGCUGUCCUUUCCUGACGGCCAUGCGGACACCUGGGACGAAAUGGACAAGAUCAUCUUUGGUGACUUCGCCAACAAAGAGCGAUUGAAGCAGCUGAGCACGGAUCCAUUACUCGUGUCUGCACUGGCUGCGGAUGAUUCAUUUCCCGACCAGAGUGAGUUAAUUCUGCCCCAUUCGAUUUUCACUGAGGACCAAAGUGGCAGCAAACGGAAAGGCAGGAGGCUGUUGGGCGAGGAUCACCGUUACAGCGCCUUCAAAUACAAGCAGUUUUACAAGGAUCUUCAGACAGAAAGGGACCGAUUCUCGUAUGAAUCGCCUCUGAAACAGCAUUUGAAUAGCCCACUGGACAGCCGAGAUGAAGAGAGGCAUGAGCUGCACCUUCGGGAGAUGCCGCGAGUGUCCAUGAUGUCGACUGGCAAACAGAAAAUGUACAUCAGACUGAAGGCCAAGCUUGGCAAGACGAAAGAGCAUGAUGAGGAAAAGAACAAACUCUUUAAGGUACUCCAUCGUGUUGUGCAGAAGGAGCAGAGGGACUAUGUGUCAUUCUGUUUGCGACAGGCAAAGUAUGUAAAGACCAUUGAUUACGAAGCUGUUUUGCCAGGAUUGAUCACCUACAUUGAACGAGCCCUGUUUCACCGGCAACAUAGUGUUCCAGCUGAUUAUGAUGCCCUGUAUCACCUUCACUCAGCCAUUGACUUUGACGUGCCUUUCAAGAAGGAAAUAGUGCUGCAGCCUGAAAUGCUGCUUUUGGCCCUGGGGCAAGUACCAUACACUGACAUGUCAAGCAAUUUCUACCAUGGAGCGUCAUUGGAGGAAUUUGGCCGCAAUUUGGAGUUCUUGUUGCCUUCCAAUGACCAGCUUGGGCACAGGUCAAAGGAACAAAAUGGGCCUUGCGUUUACAAAACUCCAGUGAGUUGUGAUCCAAACGCGUUGCAUUUUGCUGCGGAGACCGAAGCAGAAAUUGUGACGUGUUCGAGCGUCAUGGAGCUGCUCACUGAUGUGCACCCAUACUCUUUGCAUAAUUCAGCCACCCGCAGAGACAUACCAGUGAUGGUCAAGCUAAUGCAGCAGACUGAUGGUACAACAAAAAAGGUUGUUUUCCUGGACAAGGCGCUGCCUCCACUAGAAAUGACUUUGUACGAUAAGAAAAUCUGGGCUUGCAGAAGAGCUGUCAGAGAGCUGUUUGCAUCUUGGGACGUCAAUGUUUACAGAUUUGAUGACUCAAAUGAUGGCGGAAGGAGCAAUGUUGCAGCGUCAAAUGACAAUACAAUAUGCGACGACGUUGAAAUGCAGGAUGAGGACAGCGAGAGUGAGUGCUUCCCCCUGCCGCCACCUCCAAACCAAAACGUCACCUAUGGAUUGUACAGUCUGUGCUCUAGUGACGGAGAAGGCCGGAAAAUCAACCUGGUUGUCAGGUCUAGUUACCACGCGUACGAGAUGAAGAAUGGCAGGGACAAGCCUAGCUUCUUGCAUUUGUCUGUGAAGCUGGAGCAUCAGCCUGAGUAUGGCGCGCAGUGCACCACCAUCAGCGAAAUUUCAAGAGAGUGGAUGGCUUUGAAGCUGAGAAAAGGAGCCGCACUCGCCAGAGUGCGUGUUGAUGCCAAAACGCUGAAGGUGAUCCAGGUGGAGAAGAAGUCGAUGAAGGCUGUGCAGCAGGAGUGCCGCGUGCGAGGCAUGAGUAUCGAGGGCAGAGCCGCUUCGCUGCACCACACCUUCAGCAAGCUGUCCAAACUUGAGCCUGGCAGCUACCUGUUGCAGUUGAUUCCGAUUGAGGGCUUGGCGCGCUUGCUGGAACAUGACACCUCGGGGACUAACCUCCGUGGUGGCAGUUACUUCAACUUGCACCUGCACUUCCGAAGAGCAAACCACCUGAUUGGGCCGAUGAGCCACGUGCCAUACUCACUGAUUGAUCCUUUAGUGGCCACUCCAUAUCACACCAGGAAUGAAAGGAUCCCGGCCACAUUUCUUCCAAAAUGCGAGGUGGCCAAAACCCCACCAGCUGAAUCUCUUCCUGGAACCAGUUACCAAACUGUUCCAACUCUGGCUGAUAUGGAGGUAGAACCUGAUCAAGACGCCGAUCUUGAUGUAAGCGACAGUGAGAGUCUGGUUGAGUGGAUGGCCGAUACGGAAACAAGAAGCAUCGCCAAGCAGCUUGAGGAGGAAUUGGUCGAGGACAAAAGCGAGAAGCAGGGAACGUUCUUGAUGCCCAACAGGGAGGACCCAGACAUCAUGCGCAUCAUCAUGGAAAUGCAGGUGCAGUCUCCCAUGUCUGCGCUCUGUUCCACCAAGGCGGGGAGCAGUGUCGCGCCUUCCUUCAUUGCCUAAGUACAAUUUUUGCAAUUGUUUCAUUCAUCGUGACGAAAUUAACUAUGAUUAGGAUUAGUUCAGUUUGAGUUUGGACAAUUCAACCUAAUUAUUAUGGCUAAUAAGAUGCAAUUGAAUUUUACUGUCACCUGGUUCAUAGUGUCUGCAUGGUAAAUAUAGUAUUUAUUUGUUAAAUAUAUGUGAUUUAAUAUUUGAAAUGAGGGAGGGGUCAGUAAAAGCUUCUAAUAUGUUAUAAGUUUUGCUGCCUGCUGCUCAGUCACUAUAUUAGAGUCCUCAUGGACGGUACUAACUUAAUCAAAACCAUAUUAUUAUAUACUAGGGGAGGGGGCGGCUACAAACAAAGGUUUAAAACUUAACCACAUUAUUUUAAUCUGAAAUAAAUAGAGAAUUUGUGCAUGAACCCCAUUUUAUUCUCAAAAAUCACAAAGUAGUUAUAUUUUUUAUAAUAUCGUUUUUCCUGUAACUGCGAGUUGACAAAAACGAGAAUUUGUGUGAAAUUACUAUCUUUGACCACUCUUUACACUUCUCGGUAUAAUAACCUAGGAAUGUAAUUGAUUGAGAAUUGAGGAGUGUGCGAAAAGAGGCUAUGAAUGAAUGGAAGACGGAUGAAGUAACUUUUCAAAACGUCCAGUUUAAAAUAUUUCUUUGUGUCAAGUUUGGCCAUUCUGAACAAAAAUAAACUCGUUUGUUCACACUA